UCUGUUGCUCUUCCCUUCCUUCGUCACCACCACCGUCUCGCCUACUACCAGACCUGUGACUUGCACUCUCCCCUCAUCCCUCCCCACCAUGUCGUCGUCUAACAACGACGCCUCAACUCCGCAAGCUUGCAUCGACGGAUGCGGCUUCUUUGCAUCGGCUGCGACCGACCGAUGCUCGGCUUGCCACCGCAAACACAUGAGCGAAAGCAUGCAAGACCUGGCCAGUGGAGGCCAGGAUGCCCCAUCGUCGCCUGCGGCUUGGGCAGCGGCGGCGGCUGACGCAGCCUUUGCCGCGUCGAACGUUCUGCCGGCAGAAGGCGGUGAUGACGUCGCGUCGAUGCCGGCGCCCAUGGAUGUGGCGCCUGCCGAGACCGAGGCUGUGAAGGCCCCGGCUAUGGCAGCCGCAGCAGCAGACGAGACACCCAAGAAGAAGAAGAAGAAGAAGGCCCGCUGUGCACACGCCGAGUGCCGGACCAAGAUCGGGACGCGCGGCUUUGAGUGCGCGUGUGGCGCCUCGUUCUGUGGCUCGCACCGCUAUGCUUGGGCCCACGACUGCACCCACGACUUUGCCGCCGAGGCCCGUGACAGGCUCCGCGCGGCGAACCCAGUAGUCUCGCCGGAAAAGGUGGCUCGGAUCUGAGCCGCCCAGCUCUCACGUCCCCUCUGCUCGCUGCGAUCUCGCUGCACUUCCUUUAACACACACGCACAUCCACC